UCCAUCAUCAUCACACUUUAUCUCAAUCAUAUAGAAAAAGAGUGUAGGAGAGAAUUUUGGAGAAAUCUUCCAACCAAUGGGCUAUAAAUAUGGAUAGAGCAAGAGAGCAACAAUUAUCCCAACUCAGAUGGAAAGAGUUGAGUUCUCUCUACUGUUAAUCCUUACUCUAUCUUUCUAUUGCUUGAGAGCGGAAAGCGAAGGUGGCUUAGCUAUUCGCAAGGCGAACCAACGUUGCAGUGCUGAGGAAAGAGAUGCCCUCCUUGAUUUUAAACAAAGUCUGUCUGAUCCUCACUUCCUUCUCUUGAGUUGGGAUAUAAGCGAGGAUUGUUGCUCGUGGAAGGGAGUGAAUUGUAGUAAUAAAACCAAUCAUGUCAUCAAGCUCGAUUUCUCUGUUUUUUCAGAUAUUUUAUUUGCUGCAUCGUUACAUCCGUCUCUUUUUCGCUUAAGACACUUGCAAUAUUUGUGCUUGAGUAGACUUCACUUCAAUCAAACAAGGAUACCUCAUUCUAUUGGUUCCCUCACUAAAUUGAGCCAUCUUGAUCUCUACUCUUCGGGAUUCGCCGGAGAAGUUCCACCUCAUAUUGGAAACUUGACAAAACUUAGAUACCUUGAUCUUAGUUUUAAUUCUCUAGUUGCUUAUAACCUCUUAUGGAUGUCAAACCUCUUCUCUUUACAAUUCGUUUUUAUGUCGAAUCUAAAUUUAACAUUCGCUAUGAAUUGGUUACAUGAGAUUAGUGUGCUUCCAGCUAUCUCCAUUUUGUAUUUGUCAUUUUGUAACCUACAAACACUUCCGAAUUUACUUCCACGUUCUAAUAUUUCAUCAACCAUUGAAAUAUUUGCUCUUGAUUAUAACCAUCUCAAUGGAAGUUUGCCAAACUGGUUAGGACAAUUCAAAAGAUUAAAUGAAUUAGACCUCGAUUCAAACUAUUUUACAGGACCUAUCUCAUUUGUCUCUUUAAGCUUUUUAUGUGAUCUCAAAGUUUUGGUCCUUAGCAAUAAUAAUUUUACAAAAUUAAGUGAUGAUGGAACUCCUUUAAAAUGCAAAGAAUAUAAAAUAACAGCAAUUGAUAUCUCCAACAACCAAAUGAGCGGAAGCAUACCUGAAUGUGUUGGAAAUAUGAGAAAUUUAAAAUACAUUUAUCUUCAAAAUAAUCAGUUUGAUGGACUUAUUCCACAGAGUCUUGGACAACUAACUAACUUAGCAUUUCUGGACCUUCGUUCCAAUAAUUUGCAGGGUAGUCUUUCUGAAUUUCAUUUAGCAAAUUUAUCACAAUUGAUAUACCUAGGUCUUUCAAAUAAUCAAUUGAGUUUUAACAUGAUUAGUUCUGAUUGGAAUCCACCAUUUCAAAUUCAUUAUCUUUUGCUGCGUUCUUGCCUUGUUGGUCCACAAUUCCCACUAUGGCUUCAAAAUCAAAAGCUUCUUUCCAAUUUAGACCUCUCCAAUUGUGGUAUUUCUGAUAUCAUUCCGAGCUGGUUUUGGAAUAUAACAUCUCAAAUGAAUUAUUUGAACAUGUCUCAAAAUGCAAUUAGAGGUAAACUUCCAAUGUUAUUGAAUACUGCAUUUCAAGCAACUAUUGACUUAAGCUCAAAUCAAUUGGAAGGGCGCCUUCCUCAACCAAUGAAUUUUGUACGUUAUGUAUCAUUUUCGAAUAAUAAUUUCUCAAGUGGGAUUGAGUUAUAUCUGAAUGGGAACUUGAGUUUGUUGCUGGUGCUUGAACUUUCUCAAAAUCAUCUCUCAGGCGAAAUUCAUAAUUCUAUAUGCCAAAUGCCUUCAAUAAUUCUUCUAGACUUAUCAGAGAACGAACUUUCGGGAGAAAUUCCAAAAUGCGAUGGUAAUGUUUCAAGUUAUAAGAUGCUACAGUUCAUCAGCUUGUCUUAUAACAACUUAAGGGGUACAAUUCCACAAUGGAUAUGGAACCUACCAAUGUUGUUAUCUUUGCACCUCAACAACAAUAUUUUUCAAGGGGAGAUGCCAUUUUUAACAAAUUGCAGCAAGCUUAUCACGCUUGACUUGGGAGAAAAUUAUCUUACAGGAAGCAUACCUUUAUGGAUUGGAGAAAAAUUAUUAUCCCUAAAGAUCUUACGCUUACACUCAAAUAAAUUCCAUGGAUCAAUUCCCUUGGAGCUAUCCAAACUAAAAAAUCUACAGAUCUUGGAUCUUGCAAAUAAUUUUCUUUCAGGGUCAAUCCCAAAAUCUUUUAAAUUUCUCAAUUCAAUGGUCAUACAAAAUAAGAGGCUUGCACCUCCAAUUUAUAACGAUGGUCCUUCAUUUCCAUUCAACGACAAUGAAGUUUUUAUGGCCAUGAAUCUUAUAUUCAGUCCAGGCGAACUUUUAUCUGAUUCAAUAAAGAUCGACAUAAAAGGAGUAGUUCGUGAAUUCAAAGGCAUACUCUCUCUUGUGAACAUUAUAGAUCUUUCUUGUAAUAAUCUCACUGGUGAAGUUCCUAUUGAAUUAAUGAGCCUUGUUGGAUUGAUGAGCUUGAAUUUAUCGAGAAACCAAUUCACGGGAAAGAUACCAAAGAAAAUUGGUGUUAUGCAAAGCUUAGAAAGUUUGGAUCUCUCAUGGAACUAUUUCUCAGGAAAUAUUCCAGAGAGCAUUGCGACGCUCAGUGCAUUGAGUUAUCUCAACUUAUCCUACAAUCAAUUGUUUGGUAGUAUCCCAACGGGGACCCAACUUGACACUUUCCAUGAAUCAAGUUACUACGGAAAUCCAAAACUUUGUGGAGAACCACUACAUAAGAUUUGCGAAAAUGAUGAACAUAAAAUAAAUGACGAAGGAGACAAUUCUCAAGAUGAUGAUCGUUUUGGUUUGUACCUCGGUAUGGGCCUUGGUUUUGUUGUUGGACUGUGGAGUGUAUUGGGGACCUUAUUGCUCAAGAGGUCUUGGGCGACCACUUAUUUCCAAUUCCUUGAUAAAGUGAUAGAUAAUAUUUAUGUAUUUGUCAACAUAAAGGUGAAUCAAUGGUUUAAUAAAUAAAUAUCAUAAUUAAACGAUGAUCAUUUUUAUAUUUAAGUCAUUUCAAAAG